UGCCCAACAUCAGAGAGUCCAGCAAAAUCUGCAUCUCAGGUUCCACCCAGACCGCCACCUCCUCGGUUACCUCCACACAAAUCUAAUGCUUUAGGUAAUGGAGUCACUUCUGUACAAUUAAAUGGUGAAAGAGACGGAUCACCACAUCAACAGAACGAAGCUAGAGACACUAAUAUUUCAAGGAGAGAAAAGAAGGAAAUACUGAAGCCAAUUAGUAAUGGCCUUCCUCCCACACCUAAAGUUCACAUGGGUGCUUGCUUUUCAAAGGUUUUCAAUGGCUGUCCAUUAAAAAUUCACUGUGCAACCUCGUGGAUAAAUCCAGAUACAAGAGAUCAGUACUUGAUAUUUGGUGCAGAAGAAGGUAUUUACACACUGAACCUCAAUGAGCUUCAUGAAACAUCAAUGGAGCAGCUAUUUCCUCGAAGAUGUACGUGGUUAUAUGUCAUGAACAAUUGCUUGUUAUCAAUAUCUGCUUCUCAGCUUUAUUCCCAUAAUCUACCAGGACUCUUUGAUUAUGCAAGGCAAAUGCAAAAGUUACCCGUUGCUAUUCCAGCACAUAAACUCCCUGACCGAAUACUUCCCAG